AUGGAGGAAAGGAACACUGAUGGAGAGUAUCUGAGCAUAAAUACAACUCUCACAGCCUGGGUGACUGAAAGCAAUCCUGUGAAUCAAAGUAACUGGACAACCUUGGAUCCAACCUUUCACAUGAAGUCCUUGAUCGCUAAAUUUCUGGAAUUCAUCAUUUCCUUGAUUGGUCUGGCAGGAAACGCUGUUGUUCUUUGCAUCCUGGGAUUCCGCAUGCAGAAGACUGCUUUCUCUAUCUACAUUCUCAACUUGGCAGGAGCUGAUUUUGUCUAUCUCUCCAUCUGGAUGAUAUAUUCCAUGAGGAGUUUUAUUGAAGGAUUGCGUUCUCACAAUAUUUAUGAUUCUGAGUUAUUCAUCAUAAUAAUUGCCUUUCCCUAUAUCGCAAGCCUGAGCAUUCUUAGUGCCAUUAGCACAGAGCGCUGCUUGUCUGUCCUGGUCCCCAUCUGGUACCGUGGCCACCGUCCAAAAUACUUGUCAUCUGUCAUAUGUGCCCUGCUCUGGGCCCUGUCCUUGUUGCUGGGUAUCAUAAGAAUGGGGUUCUGUGAAUUUCUGAUUGGAGAAUUCUAUGGAUAUUUGUGCAAGCUGCUUGAUUUCAGCAUUGCCACAUGGCUGAUUCUCUCUUUUGUGCUUUUGUUUGGAUCCAGCCUAGUUCUGCUGACCAGAUUACUGUGUGGCUCACAGAAGAUAAAAAUGACCAGGCUGUAUAAGACUAUUGGACUCACAAUACUAGCUUUCCUCCUCUGUGGGCUGCCUUGGGGUAUCAACUGGUUCCUCUUACCCUGGAUGCCAAUUAAAUGGUCUAAUAUGUAUAAUCAUACAAUGUAUCUUACUACAGAGAUACUAUCCUGUGUUAAUAGUUGUGCUAAUCCCAUAAUUUACUUUUUUGUUGGCUCGUAUAGGCAGCAACUGAGACGGCAAAAAAAAAGUUUCAAAUUAAUUCUGCAGAAGGCUUUGCAGGACAUUCCUGAGGAGGAUGGAAGUGAAAGCAGACCUCCUCAGGAGACUCUGGAUAUGUCAGGAAAUAGUCAUGUGUCCUAA